UUCCAGUAUUUGCCGGUAUGAGUUGUUCAGUGAUGUCAGUGCAGUGGCGAGGAAUCGGUCACACAGCAUAACAUGUAGUCACCCAUAUCGUAAUGACCAACAAGUAUUAUGAAGAGGCUUGUCAUCAGAAUGAUCCUCAUGUGUCAGAGGGGGUGAUUGACAACGCAGUUGAUAUGGACAGUCUGAACAGGAACCUGCCUGAGUGUGGACGGCAAACCCAUCAGGUGUUACAGAGCACGCCACUGGAUCUGUUUGAGAGCGGCAAGGGGCUGAAGGUCCAGGCAGAGCGCCCCCAUCUGGUCAGUCUGGGCAGUGGCCGUCUCAGUACGGCCAUCACACUGCUGCCCCUUCCUGAAGGCAGGACCACGUUGGGCCAUGGGGCGAUGGACAUCAGCAUCCAGGGCCCAGGAGUUGCCGCCCAGCACUGCUACAUAGAGAACCGGGCAGGGAUCAUCACUCUCCACCCCUGUGGGAACCAGUGUGCCACAGACGGGCUUCCUGUCACCAAACCGGUCCGCCUGUCACAAGGCUGUAUGCUGUGUUUUGGCCAGUCAGUAUUUUUCCGCUUCAACCACCCAGAGGAGGCGUUCAGGAUGAAGAGCAUGAUGCCAGGGGGAAGCAAGGGCUCUGGUGGGAACUACAGAAUCCACUCAGACUCAAAGAGCCUGGUCAAUGGGAACCAUCAAUCAGGAGCAUCCCAGUCACACCACCCAGCCCCCGGCGAGAGAGUCCCACGCUCCGAGCAUAGUGCCAUCGUCAGCUCCAUCGAAAAGGACCUCCAGGACAUCAUGGACUCCCUAGUCAUGGAUGAUCCCCAGCCUUCCUCUUCAGACUCAAAAAAUCCAGACCACCCCAUCCCCCACUCCCCGCUGUCUCCCAUGGUCAACGGAGGAGGCCGCUACCUCCUCUCCCCUCCCACCAGCCCGGGGGCCAUGUCAGUGGGCUCUAGCUAUGAGAACACCUCCCCGCCCUUCUCCCCUCUGUCCUCUCCCUCGGCGGCCAGCAGCGCAGGCAGCUACACCAGCCCUUCUCCCAGCGGCUGCCUGGACCCCCAGGACCUAUCCCUGCCCCCCGUGCCGGUCCGCUCAUCCAGCUACAACUACACAACUACACCACCCAUCCCCCAGCCAAGGACCAUAAUGACAAACUACAGCCCCGGCGGUGGGGUGCAGAGGGUUCCUGAGAGCCCCAGGCUCCAGAGGAAAUGUCUCCUGGAGGCCCCCCAGAGCCCCAAGCCGGCCCGCAGAGGCCAGAGCCUGGACGGCCCAGGGGUGAUGGGUUCAGAGAGCCCCAGACUGACCCACCUAUCUGUUGCAUCAGCCGAUGCCGGGUACAUGGGCAGGAACGCAGUGCCAAGUAACCCCAGACUCACCUCCAAUUUCCCCUACGCCGCCACGUCUUCCUCCCCAUCCAGUCCCAGGACGAAAGCGGGCACCAUCCUCCAGGAGCGUCCGGCCAGCCCCUUCAGAGAGCAGGUGGACCGCUCCCUCACCUCCAGCUCUUCCAGACAGCUGCUAUCCCAGCCCAGCAGGGCCUUCCAGCCUCCCCUGGACCCCAUCGUCCACAUAAUCCAGGGGGGCUCUCCACUCCAGCAGCACCACCCCUUCCCCCACCCUCUCACGCUGCAGCCCCCAAAGAGCCCUCGGCUCUCCCACAGGAACCUCGACCUCAGCGGCGGUGGUGGCAGCAGCAUGAGGGAGCUCCCCCCUCUCAGCCCCUCCAUGGCUCGCAGAGGGGUGCCUGUUCUCCCGGGGGCUCUCCCUGGAAGUAUCCUCAUGUUGAGAACGCCCGAGAGCCCAUCAUCAUUGGGGAAGCUGGGAGUCCCGGAGAGCCCCGGGCUCCGACGCAAGGCCGGCUCCCCCCCGGAGGACCAGUUUGGCGGCAGUGUGGUCCGAGCCCGCAGCCCCUCCCCUACCUUGGGGCUGAUGAUGAUGGAGAGCGGGGGAGGGGGAAGGAAGGCCAGCUUUGGGAACGCCCUCUCCCCUGCUUACAGCCUGGGCUCCCUACCUGGCUCUUCGCCUCUCGCCAGCCCCAGGGGCCAUAGGAAGAUGUCCGGGGGCCCCCGGGAUCAGAGGGGCCCCCACCCGGGCAUGCGGGAACGGAAAAACAGCAUCUCUGAGAUCAGCGACAACGAGGACGAGCUGUUGGAGUACCACCGGCGCCAGAGAGAGGAGAGGCUCAGGGAGCAGGAGAUGGAGAGACUGGAGAGGCAGAGGCUAGAGACCAUCCUGAACCUGUGCGCCGAGUACAACAAGGGCGAUGGGCCCUUUGGGGGUGAGGCAGAUGGGAGGAUGGGCUUCCCUGGGGGCCUGGGCCCGGGGGAGGGGGCGGCUAGGAGACCCUCUAUGGACAGCUUGGUGGGGGCCGGCUCGCUGCUUCGUAGCAUGGCCCAGAGACAGCAGAGGGAGAGCGACGAGGAGAACCUCAAGGAGGAGUGCAGCAGUACAGAGAGCACCCAUCAGGAGCAUGAGGAGCAGUCUGUUUCUGGCGGCGUGGAGCGGACAGAGCUGGGUUACCUGGAGGACGAGAGGGUCAGAGUGCUGGCCCGAGUCGACGAGCUCAAAUCACGAAUCACAGAGCUGGAGCAACAGCUACAGGAGUCCAAGCAGGAGGCAGAGAUGGAGCGGGCCCUGCUGCAGGGAGAGAGGCAGGCGGAACUGGACCAGGUAGAGGCAGAGACGGAGAUCAUCGGACAGCUGCAACACAAGCUCAACGAGCUGGAGAACGCCAUCCAGAGGGAGAAAGACAAGGAGGGCGAGACCCUGGAGUCAGAGACAAAACAGUUUGAGGACCUGGAGUUCCAGCAGCUGGAGAGGGAAAGCAGCCUGGAGGAGGAGAGGGAGACCAUCAGCCAGCAGCUGCUGCAGGAGAGGGAUGAGUACCACACCAGCGUGGCCAAGAGAAAGGACAAGAUGGCAGCUCUGGAAGGCCAGGCCAGUCAGCUGGGACAGCAGGCUUCUCAGGAGUGUGACAGGCUGGCUAAGGACAGGAACCUUACCCUGCAGAUUCUCCAUAAGGAGAAAGAGAGGCUAUCGGCCUUAGAGAAGAGGUACCUCAGCCUUACCGGAGGAAGAUCUUUCCCUAAGUGUUCCAGCACCAUGAAAGAGGAAUUGCUCCAUAUCAGCCAGACUGACCUGUUAGAGGACUCCCACUCCCAGCAUCCUCUCUGCCGUCCCGCUGCUUCCUAUUUAAGCGCCGCCUCUCAGUUAUACCCAGGGGGCAGCCCGACAGAGGAGUACGUGACUGUGGGCCAGUUAACUCAGUUCUUUGGGAUGCCGAAGGUCGAGUCCUCCCCUACCUCUCCUCUCCGGCCCCUCCAGUCAGGAGCUGGAGACCCCGCCUUCUCCUGCCUCUCCUUUCGUCACGGCUCCUCCCCCUCUCUCUCUGUUGAGUAUCAGCCAGAGUGCAGUAGGCCUCAAAUCCCCACUCUCGAUUUAGAGCAGUGGUACCAGGAGGUGAUGGCUGCUGUGGAGAGCAGCCAGAUCUGCCCCCCUCCCCCUCUCCCAGCUAAACCUCUAUCCACUCGCAGGCCUAUGCAGGGGUUCCGUUCCAAGCUGGACAGUGAUGCUAGGCAGACGGUACAUCAACCCAAAGCAGGCUCCGGAUCCCAUCUGCAGUACGUAGCCACUACACUGGGACGCAACACAACCUCCAAGAGCCCACUGAUGGUUCCCAACAGUACAGGCAGUUUGCCACGGAACUUGGCUGCCACCAUGCAGGACAUAGAGACCAAGAGAGCGCUAGCCUUACAGCAGAAAGGCCAACAGGUGAUUGAGGAGCAGCGGCGUCGAUUGGCUGAGCUGAAGCAGCGGGCUGCAGUGGAGGCCCAGUGCCAGUGGGAUGCCCUCCACGGCUCUCAGACCCACCUCUACGCCCCCUCACACGCCCACGGCCCUCCCAUGGUGCACCACUCCAUCCUGCACCACCAGCCGCCGUCGGCGGGCGAGCAGCCGUACGACACACUGAGCCUGGAGAGCUCCGACAGCAUGGACACCAGCGUCUCCACAGGCAACAACUCGGCCUGCUCCCCCGACAACAUGUCCAGUGCCAGUGGGAUGGAUGCGCUGAAGAUCGAGGAGAUGGAGAAGAUGCUGAAGGAAGCCCACCUAGAGAAGGCCAGGCUCAUAGAAUCCAGAGAGCGAGAGAGCCAUGCCCGUAGGCAGAUGCUGGAGGAGGAGAGGAGGCGGCGCGAGGAGGCUGAGAAGAGGCUGCAGGACGAGACGGUGCACAGGCAGCAGCUCGUGGACAAGGAGGUGAAGAUGAGGAGCAAGAACUUCUCCCAGGCCCGUCCUAUGACUCGUUACCUGCCCAUCCGCAAGGAGGAGUUUGACCUGCGCUCCCACAUCGAGUCAUCCGGCCACAACGUGGAGACCUCUUACCACGUGAUCCUCACAGACAAGAUGUGUAAGGGUUACCUGGUCAAGAUGGGCGGCAAGAUCAAGUCGUGGAAGAAACGCUGGUUUGUCUUCGACCGCCUCAAAAGGACCUUCUCCUAUUACGUUGACAAGCACGAGACCAAACUGAAAGGAGUCAUCUAUUUCCAGGCCAUUGAAGAGGUCUAUUACGAUCACCUGCGUAGCGCCACGAAGAGCCCCAAUCCCUCGUUGACCUUCUGUGUGAAGACUCACGACAGACUCUACUACAUGGUGGCCUCUGCCCCGGAGGCCAUGAGGAUAUGGAUGGAUGUUAUAGUAACUGGAGCCGAGGGCUACACGCAGUUCAUGAACUAAGAGACGGCUGGGACACACUUCAAUAGACUCAGGCCUUAUCCCUCCCAGUAUUGGGAAAUUGCCUUGUUACGUUCAUUAUCUAUUUUUAAAUCACUUUACAAUAGACGUUUUUCUACUUGCUUCUGCCCGCAGAUUGAAAAAGACACUGUAUAUAACCAAUGUCAGACUUUCCGCUCAAAAGCCUUUAUUUUUGCCAAAUUGAGUGUUACAUGCUCUUGCUUGUGAGACCUACUUUGUGUAUCCGUGUCUAAUCGUUCACUUUUUUUUUUUUACACUGGAAUAGUGGAGAAUAAACCUAAUUGAAACCAGUGAGGAAGACUUACUGCUGAACUAGAUUCCACUAAUGAUGACAGCCAUUCCACUGAGACCAAACAGUACAAUAAUGCUAAUCAGUCUGUGCCUUGAGGUCAUAAUCCUAGUCGGUUAUUGUCACUGAACAGUAAGUCCCAGCCCCCCUGUAGAUUUGAUAGGUGGUGACGCCAGGUCAAAUUGCUUCCGCUUUAGAAUGUCAUGAUCUGGUAGCUUGACAUUGUAAAGGAUUCUGAAUCUAUUUCUUUAUGGUUUAUAGUACCUCAGGCAGGUUAACCAUGUCACUCAAGUGUGAGAAAAGACCUUGAUAUAUUUUCCCCACCGAAAUGGGUAUAACCAAACGUUCAGUGUUAGAAAAAGGUUUUAUACUGUAAAAUGUCACUCAUUUAAC